AUGAAUGAAAUGAGGUUUGAAAGUGUUCAAUCAGAUAUUGUCAGCUUUGGAGAAAUUGAAAUCAAGUACACAUAUUUAUUUGUUUAUCUUAUUACAGUCUGCAAUGUGAAAUCAAUGAUACAUUUUCCCAAUUCUUCUACUGAAAACUAUGCAAGAUUCGCCAAGGGCUUUUCAACCGGGCUAUUUGAAAUGACCAUCUGCUCUUGGCUCAGCACCAAGUCAAAUUACUUAGGAACCAUAUUAUCCUAUGCAACAGAAGAUAAUGACAACAAAUUGGUACUGCACGGCAGAAAUGCAAGCAAACAAAGCACCAUACACUUUGUAAUUGGAGAUCCAGCAUUCAGGGAACUUCCUGUGAUACCACUCUUAGAUGGUCGCUGGCAUCAUGUCUGCAUCAUAUGGUCUUCCUUUGAGGGUAAGUACUGGUACUAUAUAGACAGACGUCUGAUAGCAGCUGGAUCCAAAUUUCAAAAAGGCUAUGAGAUUCCAGCUGGUGGAAUACUUAUAAUAGGUCAGGAACAGGAUAAAAUGGGAGGGGGCUUUGAUAAUACUGAGUCCUUUGUGGGAAAUUUGGCUGGAUUCACAAUUUGGAAUCGUGCUUUGUCUCCUGGGGAAAUCUCAGGCAUUACUACAGGAAAGGCAUUACCUGGAGGCAGAGUUUUAACUUUCAAUGAUAUUUCCACUCUCAAUGGUGCGAUUCAACAUUUUAAUUGUACAUGCCUAGAUCAUUGUAACUAA